CCAUACUUCUAGCAAGCAAUUUCUGAGAACAUAGCGAACUAGUUUCAUGUCUGGCAUUUAGUGCGUUCUGUGUUUAUGCUGUUGAUAUUUUUACGUUCACGAAGAUCGGAAAAGUAGGACUUCCUUCAAGUACGCAUUUGAAAGAAAAAGAGGAUUGAGAAUUCCUAGGAUCUUGUAUCUUCCACAGGCGCAUCGCAGAUACAGAGGGCCCACACUUGUGGAAAUUGUCUUCAGUUACCUACAAACAUGACUUCAUCAUCAAUUAGCCUCACUGUAAGUGGAAAUACAAUCACGGUUGAUCGACAGAUGAUUGAAGAUGGUCCAGAAUCUAAACUAUCUCAAAUCUGCGAGAAAGAUUCGGUAAAUAUCACCAGGCCAGCCGAAAUGUUUUUAUCAAUUUUGGCGUUUUACCAAACUGGUCAGCUGCACAUGCCUGUGUCGGCCUGUCCGGCUGCAUUUCUGGAGGAACUGACGUUUUGGGAAAUAAGUCCCGAUUUACUAUCACAGUGCUGCAAAAAUAGACUCCAAGCAUUUUUGGACGAACAAGAGACUCUGGAGUCAUUUCGGGAGAGUCAACGUCGUCUAGACAACAUAACACCGUCAAAGAUUUCUUUUGGAUUCUGCACAAAGCUAAGAUCAUUCCGUGCGAACAUUUGGUCUGUAACAGGCUCCAACAAUUCAUUUCUACUGACAAGGUUGUACUUCCUGCUGUCCACGCUGAUGGUUGUUACGUCUAUUUUUGUGGUUGCCUACGGGACAGAUUCAAGCUUCCUGCGGCCUAUGACUAAUUGUGAGCGGCUUGAUUUCAUGAAAGUAAGAAAUAUGGAAGGGACGGACGUUGUAGAAGAAACACUGAGCAAUCAUUGCAAUUCAUCUGAACUCCCCUUUAAACGUUCGCGCAGUCGGAGAAGUUUGGGUUAUGAAAGCGGAAAAGAAAUCGAUGAUGCAGAGAGCAACGAAAAUGGAGACUACAUUUUUAUUGACAUAUUAAUCAACAGUAACUCUACACUAAAGAGGAAUAAAGUGUUUCCUUUAGAAAGGGUCUCAACGCCACUGUCCUUUAAGAAUACGUACGACGAACCCGACUCACCAAAACCGACGCCGACGCUAGAUCCUGGCGUGACGAAGAAAAGGGUGAAGAUACCGAAUAUGAGAGUGAGAAUGGCGACAUUAGUAGUGUUAGAGAGUAUAACAAUUGUUUUCUUUACAAUUGACUUCAUACUUCGAAUGUUUUCCUGCCCAUGCCUCUUGCGCUACUUUACGUGUUUCAUCAAUAUUUCCGAUGCGGUGGCUCUUAUUGCAAGCUAUGUGAAUGGUAUUAUUAUAUUGCACAACGCGCACGAACAGUAUGAAAACGACUGGUUUAAAGUGUUAGAGUAUAUACAAAUCAUUCGAGCAUUACGACUGUUCAGAAUAGCGAGCAGGGUGAAAGCGGGCCGUGUCUUGUGGUAUACCAUGCGCGCUAACAUACACGAUCUAUUCAUUUUAGUAUUGUUCAUAGCAUGUGGCAUGUGCACAUUUGCUAGUAUUCUUUACCUGUCGGAAGGGCGGGAAAUAGUAGAAAGUAUUCCAGUUGGUUGGUACUGGGCUGUUGUAACCAUGACGACAGUAGGAUAUGGCGAUAUUACUCCGCAAACACCUGUUGGACGGCUGAUUGCGUGUAUUUGUUCUGUUUCGGGCCUUUUGUUAUUUGCGCUGACCGUACCCUUGUUCGCAAACCAUUUCAUAAAGUUGUAUUCCUAUGUUUAUACGCCUAUUUAUAAAAAGAACACAAAUGCAUCGGAAAAUGUAAUUGAGAUUAUCGAUAGCGAUACACAUAGGAAAAACGAGACGAUUUGAUAACCUUUUGUUUUUAUUGUAAAUCAGUAUUGUAGUAAUUAUUUCCUUACACUCGAUUUUAUAACGCUCCGCGUACGCACCUAAUUUUCAUGUCCAUAAGUAGUUCGCAUUGAAUCCGUACCAAACAAUGUAUAUGUCAUAAUAUCUCGACUGAUUUCCCAUAAACAGUUCUAUCGCAAUACUCACACCAGAGUUAUGGCCCUUGAAUAUUCAAAAUCGUUGCAAAGUCACUUGAGUAUUUCUAAUUCUAACUAUUACUCAAGUUGAAACAAUGUUUGUGGACUUUAUAUCUCGUUUUAACCGUUGCAUAAUAGAUAAGUUCAGACGUAAUUUAUCGAACAAGUUUAAUAACCAGCCAUGUCGCGUUCCUCACUAUGGGUUAUUUCCCUUGAUUUGUCAAAUUCACGUUCUCCUCUCUCUGACUAAGAAAUUGCUUACUCAUCUUGUAUCAAUAUGGUGACAAUACUUGUGGCAAAAUAUUUCGAUCAAAUCGAUUAACAGCCCAAUGAAACUAUUCACGAAUUAUAUGGUUGUUGUAUUGUCAUAUUUUUACCACUAAAUCGGAAACGUUCCUUAUUAAAUAUGGUGACAAUGUUUAGGGUGAACGAAUACCAUCCAUUUUGCAUUAUUCACAUGGGGUUUCUUAAAUCAAGAGACAAACUCAAUUCGAGAAAUUCCAGUUUGAUAUACUAUGCGUGUAUCCGUCGUUUUCACACUGAUCGUUUUCAUGAAACCGGUGAAACCGGUAAACAGAAUUUUCGAAAAUUAAGCUCGUUUCCAUUUUGUGAAGGUAACAAACAUAGAACCUGUUCAUAGUGAUAAACAGUUAAACACUGUUAAACACCGUGUAUCCGAAAUUAUCGCUAUUUCGCAAUGUUAAACUAUAACUCGACACAUAGUUUUGUAUACGAACGAUAACUCAAACCGAAUGCAUCGUAUUGGUAACGUGUAACCGACAUUGAAUUCUUCACGACAUAGUAUUUCACGUCAUCUAUAAUUCGCGAACGCUGUCAUUUUCUGAAAAUUGUUAAUCCGAAGUCGCGCUAUUCCGAAAUU